CCAGCGCAGUGCGCACGUGCGCGCCAGCGACGGCCCGAUGGCUGUGUUUGGCUCCUUCUCCGCGGUCCGCGCAGUGCCCUGGCUCUGGCGGCGGGCGGCGUACGCGGCCGCGGGGCUCCGGGGCCUUUGCCCCGGGAAGGGCUACGCUGUGGGCCCCGCUCAGAGCCCGCCUGCCUUUGGGUUCCUGCUGGACAUCGAUGGGGUGCUGGUGCGAGGCCACAGAGUGAUCCCUGCCGCCCUGGACGCCUUCCGCAGGCUGCUGAAUGCCCAGGGGCAGCUGCGGGUGCCUGUGGUCUUUGUCACGAAUGCUGGGAACAUCUUACAAGACAGCAAAGCCCAGGAGCUGUCAGCCCUGCUGGGCUUCAAGGUGGAACCAGACCAAGUUAUUCUGUCUCACAGCCCCAUGAAGCUCUUCUCACAGUACCACGGGAAGCGGAUGCUAGUGUCUGGGCAGGGACCCCUGGUGCAAAAUGCCCGAGCACUGGGUUUCAAGAACGUGCUUACUGUGGAUGAGCUGCGGGCGGCUUUCCCCGUGCUGGACAUGGUGGACCUCCAGCGGCGGCCAAAGAGCACGCCCCUUCCAAGGAACGACUUCCCUGCCAUUGAAGGGGUGCUGCUCCUUGGGGAGCCAGUCCGCUGGGAGACAAGCCUGCAGCUGAUCAUGGAUGUCCUUCUCAGCCAUGGGAACCCCGGGACUGGUGUGGCAACAGCUCCCUACCCCCAUCUCCCUGUUCUCGCCAGUAACAUGGAUCUCCUUUGGAUGGCUGAAGCCAAGAUGCCCAGGUUUGGCCACGGCACCUUUCUGUUGUGCCUGGAAACCAUUUACCACAAAGUGACAGGCAGAGAGCUGAGAUACGAGGGCCUGAUGGGCAAACCCAGCAUCCUCACUUACCAAUAUGCAGAGGACCUGAUCAGGCAGCAGGCGGAGAGGCGCGGCUGGGCGGCCCCCAUCGAGAAGCUCUAUGCUGUAGGUGAUAACCCUAUGUCCGAUGUCUACGGUGCCAACCUGUUCCACCGGUACCUGCAGAUGACGCAGCAUGAUAGAGCAAAGGAGCUGGGGGCCGGUGAGCUGUGGAAGCAGCGGCCCUCAGCAGCUCAGAGCUGCGCCUCCAUCCUGGUGUGCACUGGCGUGUACAGCCCCGAGGCCCCAGGCUGCACAGAGCCUGCCCAGGGCGGAGAAGAGCCUCCCUUCCAUGGGCACCGAGACUUCAGCUUCAGCCCAGGGCUCAUAGAGGCAUCGCACAUUGUGAAUGAUGUGGACGAGGCCGUGCAGCUGGUAUUCCACAAGGAGGGCUGGGCUUCGUAGUGAGGACUGGCCGCUGGGAGCAGGCGGGAGGGCCCGAGCUGUGGGGAGGCCCGUUUGCUGGCUUCUAGCCGGCAUCCCCGGGCAUCACAUCAGGGCCUGCUGCCCACAGCUGUGGUACUGCUGGUCACUUGGAAGAUGACACUAGCUUUUUUUUCCUGCUGGGAGUAGCCACAGAAUUGUACCCUGGGUAGCAUUUUGGGUAGACUGUCAGCAUUUCCCGGGCCUACUUCCUGUCUGUCUCUCCUGGCAGUCUGACCUCAGCCCCGUCCCUUUACCCGUGUGCCUCAGUUUCCUCCCAUUUCAGUAGGGACUUCUGGAAAAAGGGGAGGUAAUAUGGAAAUUUCUGCAGGACCUUUGCCUGCAUGCCAGCAAGGUGUAUAACUAUCAUGCACAUGCUACUUUUUUUUUUUUUUGUAUUUCAGCUUAUUGCCCAGAGACUUGGGCGUAUUUU